UGUGUUGACUUUCCUCCCUGGGAUGGGAACAUGCACACUUCCAGCUGCGCCAUUGGCCGCUUCUUCUUCUUCUUCACCGUUUUCCGUCGCCGUCCUUGCGCAAACGUGCGUGUUUUUGCGCAGAUCAGACACAUCCAUCCAUCACGAGGACUGUCUCGUGAGGCUCAGUCGAGGUCAGUGAUGCUCCACCAUCAGGACCAGCCUCUGCACUCAGGCUACGGGGGUCCGGGGGGCCCGAACCACAAGUCCUCCUCCUCCCUUCGAAACAGGAAGGGCGACAAGGACGGCAACUUCAACUUCCUGCCCGGGAAAGAUGACGAUGGCUACACGGGCAACGGAGGAGGGGACGAGAACCGGAACCAGGUGCGUCCGCGCAGCUUGGGCCCGCUGGGUCGAGACCCUCCCAGCUCCUCGCCGGCGUACCACCACAACGCCCAGCGAGCCCGCAUGCCCUGCUGGAGCCCGCUGGAGCCCCUGCCCGAGAUCGAGCCCGGGGAGGACGGGUACGGACGGGUUCCCCCGGAUGGAGCGGAGGAGAGGAGGAUGGAGGAAGAGGAGGGAGGGAUGACGAUGAGCCACAGUGAGAUGAAGCAGCAGAUGAAGCAGCUGCAGAGGAGGAAGGGCAGCUCGGGGGUGGAAGGGAAAGAGGAGGAGAAUGGAUUACUGGAGCUGGAGGACGGGGACGAGUGGGGCGACAGCGACUCCGGCUCCGAGUUCAGCAACCGCUCCGGCAGCAGCAUGGAGCCCAACCCGGAGAGCGGCGGCGGCGGCGGCGGCGAGGGCGUGCUGAUGGGAGGCUGGGACCGCGUGGGAGUCGGAGAACCCAAAUCCAACCACAAGGAAGGCGACCGGCCCUCGAACAGCAACCGAGAACCAGCCGCACGCCACCACAGCCGCAAGGCGCUGCCAGGAAGCGUGCUGGCAAAGCUCCGGGAGGAAGCAGCAGAGGAGGAAGGCCGGUCUUCAGACUCGGACGGCGGGCUGAUGGACGCCGUGUGGACGCUGCGGGACCGCGAGCGCUUCAAGGCCCAGGAGAUGGAGAAGCACCAGGUGCAGCUGACCAUGUACCGGCGCCUGGCGCUGAUCCGCUGGGUGCGCACGCUGCAGGGUCACGUGGAGGAGCAGCAGAACCGCCUGCAGUCCAGCUUCGACGUCAUCCUCACCAACAGGAAGGAGCUGCUGCGCAUGGGCGCCGCCACGGUGGCCAACGCCGCUCCCACCGCGGCUGUGGGACAGUCAUGAGAAGGGAGGGAGUGACAGGAAGUGGUUAAAACAAAAAACACUGUAUUUCUGCUCGAUUCACUUCUUUCCUGAAGGCAUUUCUACGGUGGCCUAGAGGGCUCAAAGCGCUGCAAAUUAAGAAAACACAAAUAGAAAAUAAAAAGUGCAAAUUGGAAAAACAACAUUGCAGCUCUGCAAAAAGACACAA